AUGGCUCCUGUCCGAGAGUUACGCGUUACCAAACCUGCCCACAGGGGGUAUCGCAGUGGUCGCAGUGGUCCCGGUCCCGCAUCUCUCAGGACGAAGGUGAAUUACUUCGCCCACACCAACUUCUCGCCAACUGACCCAGGCCGAAGCCACAAAGACCGUGAGGCAGCUUUUCUUCAGGCAGAAAAGCUUGAUUCACCGUCUGUCAUGGUUGCCUCGAUCAACGAGGCAGCUGAUGACUGGGAUUGUACGGGCUGCAGUGAGAAAGUCCGUUUGCUGGCGAAGAGCUUCGCCUUGAAGUGCCAUAUCGAGGCCGGUGUAGGCCCUACCUCCCAACCCUCCAAUGGUAUUGAUGUCGCAGGCAUUGCAUCCCCUGCGACAGAAGCUAACAGUGUCGAGUUAGGUCCAAGAAGCGCCAUUGCUAAGAACAUUGAAGAUCUUAGACGACAGACGCUAAACAAAGAUGUAGGUAACCGCCAGCCCUUCUACGGAGUCCACCAGGCCCAUUUUGAUCUAAGCCGAGGAGAGUCAGUAACUGUGCAUAUGCGUGAUACAGACAAGGUGUACCGCAAACAGGACCUCCAGCUGGGAACGAUCAUUUCUGCCCCCUUUCAUAGUCAGAAACGGGACGAUACGGUGUCGACACAAGACUACAAUACUGGAGUGUCAGCCUUUGGUGCUGUGUACUCCAAGUAUCGCAAAAUGAUCGUGAUUGAGUGUUGGGCCGAGCAUGUCGUCUGCUUGCCCAUCUACAGCUACAAUGGCAAAGGUCUAGAGAGACGCCGAGGUAUGGCGGCUGAGUACAUGGAUAUCCGUGACACCGAUGACAAGCGUCCUGCGCCGGGAGACACUUGCGACAAGCCGUUGCUCGCUAUUCGUGACGACAGCUGGGCCGGUAGGAACACGUUCAUUGCAGGUAGGUCAGUUGUCAAGCUAACUGAGAGGGCAGUUCAUCUGGUGUUCCAGAAGUGCUCCAUCGAGGGCAAAGUCGAAUGGACCGAUUUCCUACGGUUGUACAAGGAAGUAGCCACGUUGAACCACACCAAAGCCCUCGAAGUGUUUGGCGAGCCUAAGCCCAUCGAGUCUAAGUAG